UAUAGAUCAGGAAAUCUCAUAAAUUUUCAGUCUGUUAUCUUCAAUCGUGGUAAAUCUCUCGGAGGAACGAGUAAUCUUAACUACAUGGCUUACAUGAGAGGAAAUCCCAACGAUUUUGACAACUGGGCUAAUUUAACUGAAGAUGCGGAUUGGAGUUAUGUAAAUCUUUUGCCAUAUUUUAAGAAAUCUGAAAACUACCAAGGAAACUUUAAAGAUGAUACCUUCCGUGGAACUGAAGGACCUCUAGCGGUCACCACGUCGAAGUUUGCCCCAUUAGAGAAACAAUUCUUAGAAGCCGCGAAAGAACUGGGAUUCGAAAUACGCGACCCAAACGCUAUGCAGGCAGAGGGGUUUUCCCAACUCCAAAAUACAAUAGGCAAUGGGAAGCGCUGCAGUGUGUAUGACACGUUUAUCAAGCCGGCUUUAAACCGGGAAAAUUUAAAAGUUAUUCGAUACGCUCACGUGACAAGGGUAAACCUAGAUUCGAAUAACACCGCGACUGGGGUAACGUACGUCAAGCAUGGUAAAGAAGUAACUAUCCUGGCGCGGAAUGAGGUUAUCAUUUCCGCCGGGGCCAUCGGGUCUCCCCAAAUUUUAAUGCUCUCCGGAAUCGGGCCAGCCCAACAUUUGCGUGAUGUUCAGAUUGCCCCGAAAGUAGAUUUACCUGGAGUUGGACAACACUUUACCGAUCACACCGGUGCAUUAAUUGGACCAUUCGUCUUGAAUGAAUCCAUCUCAUUCAUUCCAGAACGAAACUUAUCUGCAGAAUCAUUUUCACAAUACCAGGAGGAUAAUUCAGGUCCUUUCUCUUCACCCGGGAUGAUGACAGCUGCCGGAUUUAUUAGCACCGACGGAAACCCAUCCUGGCCAAAUAUUGGUCUCUUUCAAAUCGCCAAUGGAGUCGGACAAGGGUCUCCGUCAAUGUUCACUUUUACCAAAAAUGUUAGACGCGAUAUAAUGCAGAAAUAUCUCAAAAAUGUGAUUGGAAUGGAUGCCGUGUAUGUCGCGAUUAACCAGGAAUUACCAAAGAGUAGGGGAUCAAUCACUUUAAGAAGCAAUGAUCCGUUCGACCACCCGAUAAUCGAGCCCAACUGUUUCUCGCAUCCUGACGACAUUGAGGUCAUGGUAAAAGCGUGUCAAUUUCUUGUAAAGUUCUACGAGCAAACUAAAGCCUGGCAGAGAUUUAAUGUAACCUUGAUAAACACCCAUUUUCCAGGAUGUGAAUCGCACAGUUUAAAAAGUGACGAUUAUUUCAGAUGUUUUUUGCGUCAGUUUACCGGAACAAAUUGGCACUAUGCUUCCACAUGUAAAAUGGGAAGUAGGGAUGAUCCAAUGGCUGUUGUGGACUCUUGUUUAUGGUUUGUCUUUGACUUAAUUAACGUUUCACGACUACGAGUAGCGGAUGCAUCGAUCGCGGCAUGAUUCAUGCCGCAACUGACCAAUGCUAAUACAAACGCACCAACUAUAAUGAUUGGGGAAAAGGCGGCCGCUAUGAUUCUUCAGGAUUGGAAUGAUUAAUCUAUUUUUCGCUAUUAAUAAGAAUAUGAACAAGAAUAUCCUCGCUAAACCUAUGUAGUAUCUAAUUUGCUUUUUCCGUUUACAACAAUCUGGGGAAUGAAAGGACGAAGAUGAAAGGACAAUAUUUAAAGCAAACACGAUAAAUACUUAUCUGUACGCUGUAUGUGGGCAGAAUUAAGAAUAUUUGGGCCGACAUUUCUAACAAUUAAUAUACCCCAACACACAAACAUGUAUGACAACCACUUGCAUGAGGAGUUGAAGAAGAUUGCGGUCGAAAAUAUAGGAAAAUUAAUUAAUUAGUAAUGCAAGCUGUGUAGCCAAAGGUCUGGGGAACACAUUGAGCAAGCGAAACAAAUUCAUCUAGGCCGAUUAGAAUUUUAGGGUGAUUUUUAAAAUUGUCCAAUAAGGAUCUGUGAUCAUCUGUAA